ACAAUAAUCCUCUCCGGGAUAUACCAGUCGACAUAUUCUACUCACGGAAGUUUACGGAGCGUGGAUUUACGUAACACAACAAUUACGUUGGCAAGUUUUUCUGCCUUUCUUCGACAUCUGAAUCCAAGUCUAUUCGGAGCCAGUAUUGUCGAAUCUUCGAGUGAUUCACAGUUCAAUAUUCUUAAACCCCCAAAGGAAAUGAAAAAAAUAGACUUGACUGGAAGCAGCGUCCGGGUGGUGAAUCCUGGUGUUAACCUGGAUCACCAGGUUACACAAAUAUUACUAGCCGUCCUCAUCCACUACCACAUCAAUCUUGACCAGAACCCACUCAGCUGCUCAUGUGACAUUAUACCUCUAAUCAACUUUGUACACAAGCAUGUGCAGAACGGAACGUUCAGCCGAAGUGACUAUUUCUUUACUGAGUGGAAGUGUAUCUCUCCACAAGAAUUUAUCGGGAGACAGCAACUUCUAGUAAAAGAGGAAGAGACAUAUUGUAGGGUGAAUGUUUCGUCGUGCCCAGUCAACUGUCUCUGUUAUGAACGGACAUCCUCACAUGUCAUCAUCGUUGACUGUCGAGAUACGGAUAUGAUGUCCCUACCUUUGAGUCUGCCAGAGGGUGUCCUGGAUCUCUGGUUUCAGCGAAACAACAUCACGCGCAUUGAGACCAGAAACUACCUUCCUCGUGUUCGCACUCUGUCACUCACUUCAAAUCAGAUAAAUCAAGUCGACCGAGACGCCGUGUUACAGUUAAACAUAAUUGAAAAUAUUCAUUUGUCUUCAAACAAUCUGAUUAGUCUACCAGAACAGAUCCAAUACCUCCAUCUGGCCGAGCUGACCAUCACUGACAACCCGUUCUCAUGUGACUGUCACUCAUUGUGGAUGAGGUCGUGGGUAGAACGUAAUAAGGACGUGGUAUUGGACUCAUCAGUAGUGACUUGUAACACACAGCUAGGUACCGCAAGGCCUCUUAUCAAAGUUCCCACCUCCGAGUUCGUAUGUAAAAAUGACUUUGAUGCGAAGAAGCACGUCAUCAUUCCAGCCACUGUAUCAACUCUCUCAAUAAGCAUUGUUCUUUGCCUCGUCGUUCUCGCCUGCAUUUAUAGACUGGAAUUAAAAGUAUUUCUCUACAUUUAUGUUGGUAUCCGUCCGUUUGACAAUAAAAAAACGCUACAGAAGAAAAUGUUCGACCUCACUAUUAUUCACUCCUCGAACACACAGGAGUGGGUGAAUACAAACCUGCUACCUCUACAGGAAAGUAAUGGAAUCACGCUGAUAGACAUCUGUAAAGACUUCAUCGCUGGAUUUUCGAUACAGGACAACAUCACCUGUGUUGUAGAACAGACGCGUCAAGUCAUGUUUGUUCUGUCGGAAGACUUCCUUAACGAUGAGCGAUUACAAAUGGCGUGGGCGGUAUCUAAGGACAGAAUAGUUGAUAGCGGGGUCGGCUUCAUGUUGUUUGUAACAGAAAGCCUCUCCGUCUCUGACAUACCAGAUUCAGAUAUGGCUUUUCUGAUGAACAAAACUCACUGCCUCACUACCAAAGAACGGUUUAUCAAGAGCAAGCUACUUUAUAUAAUGGAAUUCGAGAAAUCGCCAACAGACAAAUAUAUAGAGCCAGACUUACGCAGUAUUAUAGAAAGGCGAAACUUAAAUCUUUGCCAGGCCCAAACUGAAAAAUCCUCCGACAUUUUUCUGACAUAUUCAGACGAGGGUAGGCCUUUCGCUUGUCAUGAACUAUAUCCACAUCUACAGGAAAUGGGAUAUGAUGUUUCCAUGCCGGAUAAGGACUUUAUUCCAGGUGUGGCGAAGGAUGAAAACAUCCUGACUUACCUGAAGGCUUCCUAUCACACACUCUUCAUAAUGUCCACGGUCAACUUUGAUGACGAAUGGGCAGUGUUUACGUUCCGCGAGGCUCUUCAGCGGUCACGACGGGAGAAGUACAACCAUCUUAUAGUAGUUCGAAAUGGUAAUGUACAUAGGAGUACAAUAGUGGACGAGGAACUCCGACACUACCUCCAGUCUCACGUAACUCUUAGGUCAGACGACGAGGACUUCGAAAGGAACCUGCGACGUAGUAUACGGCCGCCAUUUGACACCUCGUUUAAAAAUCUUACUGAUAAACACACUGAUGACAUUGUUUUAGAAAUGUGAAAUGAAUGCAAUGUAGGAUUGUUUUAUAAGAUUUUUUGUUGGCCAUAUGUUCUAUGAUAGAGACGACAAGUCUUUAUAAUGAAGUAUUGCCUCGUUAUCGGUGUAUUUCGUAUCGUACAUGUCAGAGACCAAAGAUACUUUCUGUCACUUCGGCAGUAUAACAUGAUUUUAAUUGUUUCACCAGAAAAAAAUCCUGAUUCUGAAUACAGAGAUUAACUACUGUGGCAUAAUAUAAUGGACUUCAAAGUAAGAGCCGCUUCGCUUUGGGCUGUUUCUACAAAUUGGGCUCACUACACGAAUACUCCAGCUAAAUGGCAUAUUCGAAUACUGGUAAAAUAAACGCUUUGUAUAUAUACAAAACGACGCAUUACACUUGAGUUUAUAUUUCAAUUUUCAAAGAGCAUGAUUUAUUUUUAAAACACCUCCAGUGUAUAUCAAGUAUAUAUGUAUUUCCCUUUAGCAUUAAACAAUGCUCACAUAUAUAUGCAAAGUUAUAUAUUUUGUUGUAAAAAUUAUUGACUAUGUUUUUUUAUGGAUAAGAGUUUGUUUACAAACAAUGCGCGGAAUGGUCAGCUGGGAGCUGGAGGUGAUGAGGCUUUGCGGAA